CAGCUCACUUGUUGUUGACAUCAUCCUGCACAUUAUAAAUAACGCUCCCGCCCCCAUCAAUAAACACGCAUUACAAUUACUCGAAUUCGAAUUGCGCGCUCACAGCCACAUGCCUUAACCACCACUGAAAAAAGCGGCCGCCUACCAGCACUACACAUAUACUCCGCGAACAGCUGACCGUGGCUGACGUGCGUGGUCCAAGAGCGAGCAGCAAGCAGCAGCAAAGGAAUUACAUAAAUUUCAAAGCUUCUGACGCGAGUUUUUCAGGCAAACGACUGCAGCAAAAGACCGAAGAAAUAUCCUCUUAACGUGUAAAAUCCUUACAAUGUACAAAUUGGCUGCCUUUGCGCGAGAGCGAGCCUGCCUCUUUACGUGCCAAUAUGCGACGUAUAACGUGCCCCAACAGCAGCCGGUAAGCCUGCGUCUUCUUUGGCUAAUUCGGCUUGAUCCCCAUCAUCCUCAUCAACUGCACCAACACUGCCUCUCCAACCCGCAGCAACGCUAUUACAGCACGCCUGGACGCAGGCCCGGGUUCUUCUCACAAUUCAUUGACAAUGUACGAACGGAAAUGGACAAAAACAAAGAGAUGAAGGAGAGCAUCAAGAAGUUCCGGGAGGAGGCUCAAAAGCUGGAGCAGUCAGAUGCCCUGAAAUCGGCGCGGCAAAAGUUUAAUAUAGUGGAAUCCGAAGCUCAAAAGUCAUCUAGCUUGCUGAAGGAGCAAUUGGGAGCCAUCAAGGAGAAGGUGGGCGAUGUCAUCGACGAUGCUUCCAAAUCGGAUUUGGCCAAAAAGGUCAGUGAGGAGCUGUCAAAGACUGCUAAGGGAGUUAGCGACACCAUAUCAGACACGGGCGGCAAACUGGGGCAGUCCGGUGCAUUCCAAGCCAUUUCGGACACAACGAAAUUGAUUAAGAAGGAAAUGGAUACGACGAGCAUAGAUAAUCGUGUGUAUCGGGCGCCAGCGAAGCUGCGAAAGCGGGUUCAGGUCGAUAUGACGGACUGUGACCGAGUAGUGGAAGCAAACACAGAAGCGACUGGCAUGGAGCUGCAUAAGGACUCCAAGUUUUAUCAGUCGUGGGAGAACUUCAAGAACAACAAUACGUACGUGAACAAAGUAAUGGACUGGAAACUUAAAUACGAUGAGUCUGAGAAUCCAGUGAUACGCGCAUCCCGCCUCCUCACCGAGAAGGUGUCGGACGUGAUGGGCGGCAUCUUUUCAAAGACAGAAUUGUCCGAAACGAUGACGGAGCUGGUGAAAAUCGAUCCAAACUUCGAUCAAAAGGAGUUUUUACACGAUUGCGAAACGGACAUCAUACCAAACAUCUUGGAGGCGAUUGUACGAGGCGAUUUGGAUAUCCUCAAGGAUUGGUGUUUUGAGAGCACAUACAGCAUCAUUUCCACGCCCAUAUUGAAUGCGAAAAAGACCGGCCUAUAUUUGGACUCAAAAAUUCUUGAUAUUGAGAAUAUUGAAUUGGCCAUGGGCAAGGUUAUGGAACAAGGACCUGUGCUGAUUAUCACGUUCCAGGCUCAGCAGAUAAUGUGUGUACGCGACCAGAAAGCCCAAGUGGUCGAGGGCGAUCCGGAGAAAGUGAUGCGAGUGCAUUAUGUGUGGGUAUUGUGUCGCGAUCGGAACGAACUAAAUCCCAAGGCUGCAUGGCGUCUGAUGGAGCUAUCGGCCAACAGUCAAGAACAAUUCGUUUAGAUCGCCCUGCAUACCAAUUGAAUCAAUGUAUGUUUAAGUUUUUCAUCUCACACACAUAUACACACGCAUACAAUUCACCCAACGAUUCUCGACCCUUGCGUAGGUUUUUCCGUUGUGUACAGAAAGUUUCGCUGCCUCACGCUACUUAUUCUUGAAUGUUUUUAUCAAUUGCUAGUCACAUACUAGUGGUGGCGCAUCCACAGUGCGGUGUCAGUCCGAAGCGAAGCUGCUGGUCGGUUUCUCUUGCUCAUCUGUGAUGCAGCAGCUAAGACUGUCUGACUGACUUCCACUGGGGAUUCGCUGAUUCGGUUGCCAGGUUACUCACCGCCAUGCCCAAUUCCAAACGCACUUCGUUCAUCCGUCAUCUUUGUAUAUGUACAUAUAUACGAUAUGUUGUAUAUUUUUACCUACUUUGUAAGCUGUGAGUAUAUGUGUUUACGCAUGACACGGAUCAGGCGGUGCUCGCUUUUUGGCAUGGCAAUUUUGGUGUUUUGUGGGCCGUUCUUGAGUUUUGGCCCAAAUUUAAAUGUUGAAGCUUUGAAUGCAAACAUAUAUCUAUCUAUAAACAUAAUUAGUAUAUCACUUAAGAUAAAUUGUUGAGUAUAAAGUUGGUGUUUAGAUAAAAACUUAAGAUUCAAUUGUAAAUACGUAAAUUGUUAGAGCGAAGCUUGGGCCAUGGCAAAUUUACUGUACACACACAUACACAACAAUUAAGACACUGGCCUACAAUAAAAACAAAAUCACUCAUUUACAUACAUUUACGAUGACCACAAUCCAAAAUGCUACAUGCAAAUAAAAAUUAUUUUAAAAAACAAAGAAAUUUUUUGAAAAUGUAAAACCCCCCAACAUGGAAAAAUCAGUCAGUUAUAAACACAAAUUGGUUAACUAUUAAGAUAAUAUUCAAAAUUGUUGAAAUACGGCAUUGUUUUUGUUUUAGCUAACGACAUAUUGUUAACAGACAAUUUGUAUAAGAGUUUAACGAAAAGCUUUAACAGAACCAGUUAACAAACUGUUGGUAAAGAAAGCGGCAACUCCAAACGAUUUAAAAAUUAUAUUGUUCUUUGUGUAAUUAUUCCAAAUUGUAUUUAAAAUUAAAUUUUUCAUGAGGAAAACUGUAAAUUAA